CUGUUACUUGGAGCGAGGAUUCAGGGUGGAGGCAGUGUAGCUAUGCUCAGACUCGAUAGUGAGUGUAUCUCCUGUCGAAGUGUAUGUGUGGCCCCAUGUCUGCUGGGGGAGGGGAUGUGACAACAGUCGCACGGUACCAAGUUUGUUGCAGCUCAUCUUCAGUUUGUGUCUCUGGGGGGCCAACUAAUCGCGCCUCAUGUCCCAAACAUGGAUCUGAAAACAGAGCUUCUGAAAUCCAUCUGGUACGCGUUCACUGCCCUGGAUGUAGAGAAAAGCGGCAAAGUGUCCAAGUCCCAGCUGAAGGUGCUGUCUCACAACCUGUACACUGUCCUGAAUAUUCCACAUGACCCUGUCGCUCUUGAGGAGCACUUCAGAGAUGACGAUGAUGGUCCUGUUUCCAGCCAGGGCUACAUGCCUUACCUCAACAAGUACAUUCUGGACAAGGUUGAGGAGGGGGCAUUCGUUAAGGAGGACUUUGACGAACUUUGCUGGACUCUAACGGCAAAGAAGAACUAUAAGCAUGACAAAAAUGGUAACAGCGUGCUGACCCUACGGGACGCCUUCCGACUGUGGUGCCUCUUUAAUUUCUUGUCAGAGGAUAGAUACCCCCUUGUCAUGGUGCCUGAUGAGGUGGAAUAUCUUCUUAAGAAAGUGUGCACCACAAUGAAUGUUGAAAUGAACAGUGGAGAACUGGAUGAUUACUUUUCCCAGGAUCCUUUGCAGAAGACUGGAAUCACAGUGUGGCAGUUCUUAGAGCUGGUAAAUACUGGAAAAUUCACCCGGGGGAUUGAUCGAGAAACGAUAAGCAUGGCUAUUGAAGAAGUCUACAUGGAGAUCAUCAGUGAUGUUCUGAAACAGGGAUGUGUUGUAAAACAAACGACACUGAGGCGAAACUGGACACUGCAAUGGUUUGCACUCUGAAAUACAUCUCUAUGUUAUUAUUUAAUGGCAAAAUGCAAGAAAAGAAAAGGAAAGAUGACAAUUUAUUUGGACUGUGGGGUGCCAGUCCUACCCGAUAAGGAUGGGAAAAGGUGCAUGUUCUGUAUGAAAACGCCAUCGAGAACCUACGAAAUGAGUGCUUCUGACACCAGGCAAAGACAGGAGUGGACAGCAGCUAUUCUUGUGGGAAUUCGGCUACAAGCAGAGGGAAAGAGUUCUCUGCACAAAGACCUAAAGCAGAGGCGUCGAGAGCAACGUGAAUACAGAGAGAAGCGGAGACUGGCUCGAGAGGAAGAAAUGCAGAGAUUACGACAGGUGCAAGAGGAGAAGGAACGGAAGCUGCAAGAGUUGGAAGUUCUGAAGGCAGCACAGCGCCAGGCUGAGCUACUGCUGAAGGAAGAAGAGACACGGAGGAAACAGCAGUAUGAUGAAAUGCAGAAAGCACUAGAAAUACAGUUACGAGAGGCUGAGCAGGCUCGUGCCACAAUGCAAGCAGAGAUGGUGCUGAAAGAGGAAGAAGCUGAUCGUCAACGGAAACGAAUCCGGGAACUGGAGGAGAUGCAGCACAGGUUAGAGGAGGCACUAGAUGUUGAGAUCAAGGCUCGGAAAGAUGAGGAAUCCGUACGAUAUCACCAGGCCAGGUUACUGGUGGAAGAAGAAGAGAAGCUGAAGCACUUAAUGUUAUUGAAGGAAGAGCAGGAGGAAUACAUCCAGAAGACCCAGCGGGAAAAGCAGGAACUGAAGCAAGAGAUGGAGAACAAGUCCAAGGCCCUGACUGAGGCCCAGACACAGCUGGAACAAGUUCGCUUUAAUAGACAGAGGCUAGAUGAAGAUGUUGUGGCUGCUCAGCAGAAACUUCGCCAGGCAAGCACCAAUGUGAAACACUGGAACGUGCAGAUGAACAAACUGAUGCGCCCAAUUGCACCAGGAGACAAAAGGCCACCAUCAAGUGGUGGGUAUCCUGGAUUCCGGGCACCAAUUACACAAAGGGAUUCACUAAGACUAAGGCAAAAACCAGACAACUUGCCCAGUGAAGACAGCAAAGAAAAUGUGAAUAAUACUAUUACAAAUCACCUGCUGAAGUCUAAUCGGAUGGACACGGUGCUUGCAGAUUGACAGAACAUGCAUGGUGUCCAGUUACUAAAAUGCCUGUAGACAAAAGGACAUACUGGAUGAAGCCAAAUUGCCUUUAGUUACCUUCGUCCAGCUCUUAGCCUUGAACUCUGGCAUCAUGCCUUUGGCUCCUGAGUGCUGCUAUGUAAGAGGAGAUGACCAAAAUAACCACCAGUUUACAGUUUGGACUUUAUGCUGGUGCAGAACUGGCUAAUUAUAUUAGCAGCACGCUGUAGCCACGAUAUUUUUUUCCUAUUACUUUCUGUCCUUUGGAUGGUUUUGUCUGGGUCUGGCUUGUACCAGGGUUUUCCAUGUUAAAAGAAACCAGACUUGGAGGAACGUGUACUUGAAUGAACAUUGCAGACUCAGAUGUUUUGAGAAACUGAAUAGAUUUUCCCGUGGUGUACUAUUACUACCAGCUAUGGUCUCUGGAAGUAACAAACAUUGGCAUAGGCUAGAUUGUAAUAACUUGUUUUAUAUUCGACAUUAUGAUUCUGACAGUUGGAGGUGGCAUUUCAUUUCUUCCUCAUUGAUAGCCAUAUCCGGAGUAUUUUAAUGAAUUUCAGUGAAGGUUGUUCAGAUUUCUGGGAUAGAUGGACUGAGCUCUCAGGUUAACAGGACUCCUUUGGCAUGUAGAAUGCUGUCUGCCUAUAGUACCGCCUUCAUACCCUGAUUAUACUUGUAUAAAUGUCUGAUUUUGCAUCCAGGAUAAAAAGAGCAGCCUUAGGUCAAAGGAGAAGUGCCUUCUUCUGGAAGUAAUAUGUACAACGAUGGUUAAAAAUUGACAUUAUCCCAAGUCUUUGUGCCUCAAGUGCUGAACUGAAGACCAUUUCUGAUGUUGAUGCCUUAUGUGUUUACACUGUGCUGAGCUGAAGGGGGGAUAUCUGAAGACCAUUUCUGAUGUUGAUGCGUUAUGUGUUUACACUGCGCUGAGCUGAAGUGGGAAUGUGCUGAUAUUCUUUUUCUUUUAUUGCCUUAUGAUAAUAUACAUGUUUUUGCUUCUUCCCCUAAAAGGUUAUUUGCAGGUGAUUCUUUUCAGAAGCAUGAUGUUAGCCACAUGGAUGUGAUGCACCAAAGCAUCACCAGUAAUAUUAAACUCGCUACAACCAUAUUGUUGAUUUCAUAUUCUAAACCUCACACUCUACUGACUAAAAUGAUUUAUGCAAACAGUACUCCUUCUAAAGCCUUUAACCUAUGGGCACAUUGGUUGUAAUUCUUCUGUCUCUGUUAAUCUGUGUUCAGGAACUGCCUCAGGCCUGGCUGUGGUACCUUUGUACACCUUUAUUUCUUGAGGAGGUGGAUUCUAACAUCACCCCAAACCCUAUCCCCAAUGUUCUGUUUAUGUCCAGAGUUGGCUUCUGUAUAGGAAACAUUCUACCUGGUUCCUGAUCUUGUAUUCCAAAGUUCUAAAGUUUACCAUUCAGCGCUACAGAGCCUAUAAGUAGAGGUACUGUAGGGGUCCAAUCAAUUAGAAUGGUGCAGAUCCAUCUGUCAUGAGAUGUUGGCCUGGUGUGACCUUAGGGAUAUAAAGUAGAAUGAAUCAAUGUGAAUGAGUAUAGUCAUGAAUCCUGGCAUUUGUCAUUGUAAAUGACUUUCUGUUGUGUCACGCCUGAGCACAUUAUGUUAUUCAGGCAGUGUUCCUGGUAUGCAGGCAGUGCAUUUAGCACAGGAUAUUAAAGUACACAUACUCUUA